GGUGCGUGUCAAGCUGCGACCUCGAGGGCGGAAAAAUGCUAAACUUUCAGUUUUACCAGCAGUCAGACCGCUCCUCCUAUCAGCCCUGUUAACAAGGUUUCCUGAUUUACUCAUUUCCGGACUCAUUGAACGCAUCACCAUCCCAUAAUAGUUUCCUCCUCACGACGGAACAGGACUUCGCUUCGGAGCUCACAGUUCGCUCUCUUUCAGUUGGACCUGUACCCUCAAAUAGUUGCUAAAAUAGUUACUCUUCACCUCAGUGGAGGACUACCUCGCCGGGACACUCGUGGGUUUUGUAUCCUCAAUGUUUAUGCGUCCAUGAGACUGUAAGUUUGCCUCUUUGAUUGUUUGGCUAGUUACGAAAAGCGUCCAGAUCGCUGUUGAAAUACUCUUCUCUGUAGUUGUUCUCACUGUUUAAUUCUGAGUGUUGUUGCUGUAAUAUUCCUCAUUAUUAUGAUAACUAUCGUUGUGAAAUCUUUAUUAGUCUUAGUUGCGUCUGAGUUAGCUUUUUUGUAUUGCGGAUGCCGAAAAUGCCGGUGAUGCAUUUAAAGACCAUCGGAAUUCUGGAAAUUCACAUAAUUUCAUCUUAGUCAAUGGUGCGUUCAAGGACGCUUGGAAUUUUCUGUAUUUGACGAGAAUUCACUGGAUAUCAAUGUUUCUUCUAGUAUGCUAUUUUAGUUAAAAGCCAUGUCAUUCAAUAACUCUUUACACCAUUCUAGUUUAUUUCAUUGUAGAUACUUGAAUAUUUAUCUGUGCUGUUAGAUUACAUUUGUUAUAUAUCUAUUUGAUCACUUGUCAUUUAUUCUUCUUUUUGUAGAAACCAUAAACUUCACUAUAAACAUAAACCUCAUUAUAAGCAUAACCCUCAUCCCAAGGUAAUAAAGAGUGGCAUGAGUGUAACUGACGUCUUCUCUCAUCUGUUCUGGCCGGACAACCUGGGGAGAUUGAGGAUCUAAAUCAGUUGCCUUAUACAAUCCUUCAGAGCUCACAAGUUUGGAUUAUUUUCCAUCACCUCUUUUACAAGCCUUAACCUGAAAAUCCACUUACCUGCUCCUCAUGGUGAGAUGCUUUCUUACACUCACUGAGGUGAAAUGGCGCAGCAAGCUUUUAAACUGGAUCAGAAAAAACUCUGCUGUUCAAUAUGUUUGGGUCUCCUGAAGGAUCCAGUGACCAUUCCCUGUGGGCACAGCUACUGUAUGAAGUGCAUUAGAAGUCACUGGGAUGGAGAGGAUCAGAGGGAAACCCACAGCUGUCCUCAGUGCAGACGGACCUUCACAUCAAGACCACCUCUGGUGAAAAACUCCACAUUGGCAGAUUUGUUGGAGGAGCUGAAGAGGACUGGAUUUCAGGCUGCUCCUGUUGAUCUUUCCUAUGCUGAACCUGGAGAUGUGGCCUGUGAUUUCUGCACUGGGAGCAAACUGAAAGCAGCCAAGUCCUGUCUGCAGUGUCUGGUCUUCUACUGUGAGCAGCACCUCCAGCCUCACUAUGAAUCUCCUGCCUUUGAGAAACACAAGCUGGUCGACCCGUCACUGAAGCUUCAGGAGAUCGUUACUCAUCACAGCGAGAGUCCCAGUGAACUCAAAGUUUAUGGUAAAGAAGUGAAGACACAGUUUGAAGAAAGUCGUCAGAGGCUCACCGACAAGGAGAGAGUUUUAAAAGAUCUUACAAAGGAGGAGGAAAGCAUCGGCCGCUCUGCUGAUGAAGCUGUGAGUGACAGUGAGAAGAUCUUCUCUGAGAUCAUCGAUCUGAUCGAGAAAAGCUGCUCCGAUGUGAAGCAGCGGAUCAGAUCCCAGCAGAAAACUGAAGCGAGUCGAGUUAAAGAGCUUCAGGAAACGGUGAGGUGGGAAAUUGCUGAGCUGAGGGGGGAAACUCAAAUUCAGGCCGGUCACCCUUCAGUGCCACCUGUCAGUGAAAGUGCAGAUUCAUCCAGUAUGAACUUCCUUCCUCAUUUUGAGGGUGUGACAGCCGCUGUGUCAGAGGUCAGAGAUAAAGUGCGGGAUGUUCUUAAUGAUAAAUUAACCCAGAUCACACUGACAAAGACUGAUAUGGACGAGCCCAAAAGCAGAGAUGAAUUCUUACAAUAUUCGUGCCUUUUAUCGCUGGAUAAAAACACAAACAGUGGCUUGAUAAAGUUCAACUCGCUCCAAAUGGCACAAUUUUUCAGACAGUCCAAAUCCUUUGUUCACCCGGACGUAUUCAUUGACUAUCCUCAGGUUCUGUGUAGAGAAAGUCUGACUGGACGCUGUUACUGGGAGGUGAAGUUAAGCGAUGGUUGUAUCGCUGUCACAUAUAAAGAUAUCAGAAGAAAAGGAGAUAAAAGUGUAUUUGGGAACAACAACAAGUCUUGGGCGCUGCAUUUUUGUUAUGACGGUUUUUAUGAAUUCAGACAUGACAGCGUCAGAAUUCCCAUCUCGGGUCCUCGGUCCCAAAGAUUUGGAGUGUACCUGGAUCACAGUGCAGGAAUUCUGUCCUUCUACAGUGUCUCUAAAAUUAUGACUCUUCUCCACAGAGUCCAGACCACAUUCACUCAGCCUCUUUAUGCUGGAGUUGGUAUUUAUGAAUUUGGCACUAAUGUUGAAUUCUGCAACAUACCAAAAAACUAGAAGAUCGCUAAAACUUCCAAAGAUGAAACACCUCAACCAUACAGUAGCCUCUUAAUUCUUUUAAAGUUGGGAGAAAAAGACACAGCCUACUGAAACACUGCUUUCAAUUAGUGAUGUGUGUGUUUUAAUGUGUACAAAGCCUGUGAUGUCACCUUUUUGUGAUGCCACCUUUUAAAAAUCAAACACGUCUGACAGCAACUGCGUUAAUAAGCAUCAGGAGAAUCCUUCAGCUGCAGGAACUCUAGGAGGGCACUAAUAUCCUCCAUCACCACUGAGAAAUUAGCUGCAGCUGUCGAGUCUCACCUGUUCAUGCUCAGAUAUGGUAUCAGAUACACCGUUUCACUCUAUGCAGAUGAUCCGGUGAUGUUCACUCAGUAAGCUCUUUCUUUAGAGCAUCCAUCAGGCCUCUCUUUACUCUUAAAACAGGCUCAGUUGUUCAAUGCAUGGCUUGUUCUCUUCUGCCUAAAAACUGGUAUAAAUCCUCGUAGCGUCCACAGGUCGCUGGUAACUUGGUUACAGAGAGAAAGAGAGAGAAAACAUCUUCUAGUUCAUGUUUAGCAUGUAGCUAAACUGGAACCUAACUCCAGCCCUAAGUCUUUCCCCAGCACCCUGUUGGAUGUUCAAAGGUUAACUGGCCCAGAGUGUGUCAGGAUAACACAUCUAUCACCAUUACAUCACCAGCAGCAGUGUGGACUGUUGAUGCAGGCUGAGGCCAUAGAUUCAUGCUUUUGAUUGUGAAGAUUCUGUCUGCAUGCUCGGCCAGAAAACUAGAUGUUUCUCCAGCCUUUAACUGUCUGGUACUGGUGAGCCGGCCCUGUGCCCGUUAUAGCCUCAAGUUUCUGUUGUUGAUGUGACAAGAACCUGAUGUGGUCUUCUGGGGUCUGCACUAUAAAGCAUGUUUAAAAAAACAGACAUCCUUUGCUUAUCUGGCUUCAAUCACCUAAAGAUCAGCAGUCACACUAAGUACCCACAUGAACAGCAAGAAUUACCUCUGUGCAAAUGUUGUAUGAGGUUGACAAGUCCACUGCCUAAGUGCUCUGUUUUAGGACGUUGUCAUUGCAUUAAAGGUUACAAAAAACUAUAUUUCUUAUUGCUCUUACACAAAGGCUUUAGAUGUUCUUAAAACCCCUCACAGGUGAUGCUAUUUUCAGAAGAAUUUAUUGAUCAGUCAGUGGUGUUUCGGUACCUGUUGAUCUCUUAUCUUGAAUUUAACCUGCUCUGUUUCCAUAGUGAUGUACCCCAGUGAGAUUUCAUAUCACAGAGUCAAACCUGAAGUUACUGCAAUAAUUCUGCCAUAAACCAGCCUGGCACUAAUAAAUUAAACCAUUCUUGUGACUGCAGCUGCAUGAUAAGCUGACUGUAUAAUUGCACGAAUAAGGAUUUUAAUGGUGGGCUGUAAUGUAACGUGUAUGUAAUUAUGUAACUUUUCACUUUGUGGUAGUGACCUUUGUUUUUACAUUUUAUGUUUUUCUUCUUGUUCUUUUUUACAUCACCAAAUUAAUGUUGAAAUUAUAAUAUUAAUCUGCUAUCAACCAAUGGAAACAUUGCAUUUCCUGUAAUGAGUGUGUGUGUUUUUUAUAUAUAUUUGUGAAGCACUUUGUAAUGCAAAGUCUGUCACAACAAAAUCAGUAAAGUUCUAUUUGUUAUCUAUUUAUCUUCAGACAACAUCUGUUAUCAACUCAACAUGUUUCUAAAGGUUCUUGUUAACACAAGUGUUGGGGAAUAAUUUGUAAACUUUAUUAAUUAUCUUGUGAAACAUGCUCAGUAGAUGACAUUAUACUGUCAUCGAGUGUGGGUUAAUACUGAGCAGAGCUGCUGGUGAACACUGACUUCCCAUAAAUUAGUGAUAUCUGGUUAGUGUGUGCAGAGACACACCAAAAUGGAGAGCACACAGGCAGGUAAAAUACAUACAGGAUCACAGAAACCUGUUAAAUACAGGAUAAGUUUCUGUGUUCAUAACUCCAGGAGCCAUGGCAGCUUUUUAUUGAAAUGUGAUUUUUUUUUUUCUCACAUCCUAAAG